AUGGCGAACGUGUCGCUGAUGCUCGCCUGGUCAUUGAAGAAAGGAAAGUCACAGAAGAAUGUCUAUGUGGGCUGGGGUUCGAAAGCACUCAUUGGCUUCCUUUCAUCAAUAGGCAAAGAUACAUCAAAAUCUCUAGAUCAAAUUGGUGCUGCCGAAGUUGUGAAGGAGUACAUUCGUCAAAAAGGUCUUUUGCAAAAAGAUAAGAAAAAGCAUGUCAUAUGUGAUGACAAGAUCCGUUCUUUGUCUAGGAAAUCGAAACUAAUUUACAACAGGAUAUAUAGCUUGCUUGAAAGGCGUAUUGCUGAAAAUCUUACAUCAGAGGAUGAAACUCUUUAUAGUUCUGAGGAUAACAAUGAUUCGGUUAUGAAAAAGAAAGCUCGGACUGUGAGCUAUGAGUCCAGUACUCCAAAGCGCACUUCAGAAAUAAACAAGGGAUGCUUUGCUUCCCUUGUUCGCGAUAACAUUAAGUUGAGCUAUUUGAAGCGAUCUUUAUUUAUGGACCUACUAAAGGACCCAGAUACAUUUGGAAGUAAAGUUAUUGGCUGUUUUGAUAGAGUAAAGAAUGAUCCUAAAGAUUUUAGUUACCAGAUGCCUAAAAGGUUGUACCAACUCGGAGAAGUAACAAGUAACUCUCAACUCUUAACAUGA